UUACUAUUCACCCUAAAACUUGUUUGAUUCUUUACUAUGCCAGCUUACUGAAAAGAAAAAAAAAAGAAAAUCAGAAAAGAUGUGUCAACUGAACUAAGAUAGAUCAUGAAAUAGUCAUUUUAGUCCGUUGUAAUGAACAUGUCUCAUUACUUAUAAUGGCUUUUUAGAUGUUAAAUAAUGUCACUUUCAUCAACUCCUGGUUCUGCAAAAAAGAUGAUAUAUUUGGAAUCCAAAAAAGACUAUGUUCCUCUUCAAGUUAGUGGUGAUACUAAAACACAUCCCAAUACAAAAACACUACCCACUCUUGGAAAAUUAUUGACCGUCUGUAAAGGUGAAAGGUUUCUGCUACCAAACAACAUUCUUGUCCAGUGGCUGCUCGUAGAACGAGAUAUCAAACAUAAUGACAACAAGAGUGAGGAUGAUGAUGACAUCAUGGCGGUUCCAUUGUGGGGAUUUGUACCUGUCGAGUGCUUAACACCUGAAAGUAGAGCUUUUAUUGGUGCCACCUGUUCAAUGUGCAAGUUUAAUAAUCAGGCCAAGCAGGAAAACAGUCUGAUGGUACUGAAACUUGCACGUACAGAACAACAACUUCAUGAAGCAUUAGAGAAGAAUAAAUUACUAAAUCAAAGAUCAAAAGAUGAACACAGUCGCAUUACUUUAUCAAUGCACCAGUUACUUGAACAACUGGUCGAAAAGGGAGAACAUCUUGAAGAUGCUAAAAGGCAAAUAGAUGUUUUAAAUGCAAAACUAGACAGGGAAAUGCAAUGCUCUUCAGAAUUAUAUCACAAAGUCAAAGAUUUAGAGUUACUGUUGGAAAAUUUUAAAACUGGUGCUCCACCUGUUGUCACUGAUGAUAAUGAUAAUGAGCUUUUAUUUAAUUCGUCGACAUUUGAUGAAAGUUUAGAGCAGCUAGAGGAACAUCUCAAGCGAUCAAGUACACCAAUUGGUGACUUAAUGUUGUCAUGUACGUUAUGCAAUGAACGGAUAAGAAUUGAAGAAUUGGAAUCUCACUCUAGCAAAUGUUCUGCUGACUCAGCAAGAAAGGUUAAAAAUGGAAAAGAAAUCAAGCCUUCACCUCAGCCGAUGUUGGUUGCCACAGUGACGUGUGCAAGACGAGAAUCAAUGCAAGCGAACAUAGAUACUGACUGUCCAUUUAAAGUUAUAUGUAAAACAACUAUACCUGAAUUUAAAAAAACACUUUUAACCUGUGAACGGACCAAAGAAGAUUUUGAAUGGUUUAGAAAAGCACUUGAAGAAUUUCAUCCUGAACGAGUUAUACCACCAUUAACGUUUCAUUGUGAUUUAACAGUUAACCUGCGCGAAAUACAACGUUUCCUCAGCAGGAUAUGUUCACAUAAAAUGUUAAAAGGUGACCCGUUGGUGAGGAAAUUUUUCACAGCAACACACAAAGAAUUGGAAAAAUUUAAAAAAUCAUUUCACAAGAAAAUUCCAAAAUAUUUGAAACAUCAAAAACCAGCGAUAGAAGUUGUUGAUAAAGAUGGUAUUUUAUUUAAAACACAGAUAUACAUAGCACAGCUGAUUGAAAAUCUGCUCUCUUUGACAGAAUUCUUCAAGACAAACAACGACAAAACCAUAGAUAGCCUUAGUAAAUGUUUUUUACAGCUUAGUGCUGGCGAGACUAACGAAACAUAUUUAAUGACAGUUGCAAAUGGACUUAGUGGAAUAAUCGCUGAACUUGAAAAUAAAAAGAAUGUUAUAUAUGACGAAAGUGUACUCGCUGAAGAUUUAGAAAGCAUUUUAGAAUUCGUAAAGUCAGCCGAUGAGCUGUUAUAUCGUGUUGAAUGCUCAGUGAAUACGUUCUUAUAUUGGGAAGAAGAAAUUCGUGUCUUUGAAGAGAUGAAGUCUGAAGGUUUAGUCACCUCGACCAAUGGAAAGGACAUUACACAACUAUGGGCUGAGGCGUCAUCAAAUUGUCGUACGGCAAAAGAUGAGCUCGAGUACAUGUGCCGGCAAUUGUCGGAAGAGUUAUCGGAAUUUGAUAUUCGAAAGGAACAAGAACUGAAGCAGAUAUUUAUCGAAUAUGCGGAGUCACGUUGUGAUGUGUUUGAAAAAAUGCAGAGUAAAUGGUUCGGAGUAAAAUUGAUGUUAAACACUGACAUUGUACCUGGCAUGCGCGCAGUGGAUUUCAAGAAAUAACGAAUCAUUUUGUUUGUUUGUUUGUUUGUUUGUACCUUGUUUGUUUAUUUUUUUGUUUAUUUGUUUGUUUGUUUUUUUUGUUUGUUUGUCCGUUUCUUUGUUUGUUUGUUCCUUGUUUGUUGUUGUCUCGUACAUUAUUUUUUACUUCAAUGCAAUGUUUUUAAACAGUCAACGCUUUUCCAGUAGACAUUUUGUAAAUGAAAUAAUUUAUAUAUAAAUUGUUUUUGCUAAUUUAUACUAUACGCGAGUGUUGAACUCGUAAAAUACUUUUUUAUAUUAGUGUUCAUAAGAAAUUCUCUUCUCAGCCAUACGAAAAUAUGUUAACCUUUAAAAAUUUCCAAUUUCUACCUGUAAAGGUGGUACUUUUCAAAACGCGAGAAAUGUUAGCUCGUUCGUUAUCACUUGCUUUUUUAAGUUGCGAAGCUACAUAUGCAUCUACUGAACUAAAAUUUUGCAGCGAUUUGAUAGGUUAAGACAGAGAAACAAAGGAAGAUAUGUGUUUUGUCAAGAACAUCAAAUACGACAAAAUAACCUGCGAGGUGAUGGCUUCUUUUACCAUGCUGAAAUAAAAUUGUUUUUAUAAUGUCUGACUAGCUGCGUGUGACCAUUCAUUAAAUUAAAGUGUUUUGCUAGAUGCUAUUCGGUCAGUCUUAAUCGAUUAGGAUUUAUCGUUAGUUUUUUUGUUAUUAGUGUUCAUAUAGUUUUACAAUUUGACAAUGUUGCAUAUGCGUUUUAAAUUAAUAUUUGUAGCUGACAUUAAAUUAUGAUAUAUAUCUAACGAAAAAAAUGACGCAAUAA